CAGCAGAAGAAGAAGUAGCAGCAGCAGCAGCAGCAGCAGCAGCAGACAAAUAUCAACAACUAGAAGGAGAGAAAGUGGGAAAAGUAGAAGAAAGAGAAGGAGAGUUUCGUCCGCCAUGUCGAGAAGACGCUGUUUUUUUAGGUGCGAACGCGGCCACUCUUUGUGUGGACUUCCAAACGACGAAGCCCUAAGGAAGCAGUGGUUAACAUUCAUUUUUACCACUAUUCCUGAGCAGUACAACUCCAAUAUUGUGUUGUGUUCCCGACAUUUUACCCCGGACUCCUUCCGGAACCUGGAAUCAUACAAAUCUGGAUUUUCUACAAGGUUGCUCCUCAAAGAAGGAGCUGUUCCCACUGUGCCUGUGGUCAAAUCUGAAGAUGGAGAACCACAGCCCGACGUCUUAGCCCAAGACCCCUUUGCCAUAAGAAUCAAUCAUAUCGGAUGCCAAACGAGCCCUCAAAACACCGCCUCAGUGAGCACACAGUUUAUAGCAUCUCAGAAGACGGUUGCCACACAGCUGUCCUGGGGCACACUGAAGGAGCAGCAUGUGAGAAGCAAAGCCACCCAGACAACGGUGUCUUCUCUCAGUGCUGUCACCAAAUCCACUUCCAGUUUCCCAGAUUUCCUACCGUCUUCAACACCCACAAGGGCUCCAGGCUUCAGACCAAACAAGAGACCUCGUCUGGAGUUGGAGGAGGAGGAGGAGGAGGAGGAAGAGGAAGUGGGAGGCACUAAUACAGAGCUCCAAGCUCAGCCUCAUGAAGAGCCUCAUGACUCAACGUAUGGCCCUGGCAGCUCUGAUGUUACAGAGAAAUCAAAAAUGUCGUUUGAGUCAAGGCCAAGGUACGGUGAUACAAAGUACCUUGUAUUUGAAAGCUGCCUCAGAGAGCUGUUUGACACCUGUCCAAUGUGCAAGACAAAGUGUGAUGUCCAGCGACGACGAAUUGGUACUUAUGUGGCAUUCACUCAGCUCUGCCAAAGCUGUAAUUACUCCAGACAGUGGCAGAGCCAGCCCAUUGUUGGAAGUACGCCUGUUGGCAACCUCCAGUUAUCGGCAGCCACAUAUUUCACUGGUGCAUCUUUCUCCCAACUGGCAAAGAUAUGCAAGGCCAUGCAGCUCCAGAUUUUCCCAUAUGACACCUACAGGAGGCAUGCAAGGAGUUUCCUGGAGCCUGCAAUUGUCCACAAAUGGAAGACAGAUCAGCAGAAUCUUUUUCAGCAGCUACAGCAGAAGGGGAAGGUUGCAGUUGGUGGAGAUUUACAAGCAGACUCGCCAGGACACUCGGCAAAGUACGGCAGCUACACUUUGACGCACCUGGAGAGCAACACCAUUAUGGAUCUGCAGCUUGUUAUGAGCGAUGAAGUAGGUGGUUGUUACCGGAUAGGGAGGGAGGGACUGAAACGAAGCCUAGAUCUUCUGAAGUCAAACAGUUUGGCGGUGGAAUACGUUGUAACCGACCAACAUCCACAAGUUCAGAAGUUACUGAAGGAGCGCAACAUCAAACAGCUCUACGGCGUGUGGCACAUUGAGAAAAGUUUAUCCACGACACUAGAAAGACUUGCACAAAGCAAGGACUGUGAGGUGUUGAAGAAAUGGCUGAGCAGCAUGAAAAACCACUUCUACUGGAGUGCGACCUCUUCGACAUCAGGGUCUGAGAAGGUAGCUAAGUGGAAGUCACUGGUCAACCACAUUCAAAAUGUACACGUGCAUGAAGACCCCAUCUUCCCCAAAUGUGAACAUCCUGACAGAGUGUCAAAGGAUCCUAAGAAAUGGUUCCAACCAGGGUCAGUGGCACUCCAGAGAGUGGAACAAAUCCUGAACAACAAGAGAGUUCUCAAGGAUGUGAGGAAGCUGAGCCACCAUGACCAGAGUUCAUCGCUGAAGGCCUUCCACAAUUUGAUCCUACGUUUCUUACCUGAGAAUGUGAUCUACUCUUUCAUGGGAUUGCUGUGCAGGUUGUACCUAGCAGUCAUGCACCACAAUGAAAAUGUGGACCGUGAGCAAGCACCUGCAGGACAAGCUGUCAGCGAAGCUGUGUCCUCCGAGACGGGCGAAUGCGCUUUAAAGCCUGUAAAAACAGACACUACAUACAUAUUUUACAGAUUACCUGAAUGAAUUGAUGAGACUCGUCUUUGAGGAGGUACUUGUGGACCCUGCGCCGUUUGUUGAAGAGUUAAAGAAAAUCCCCCUCCCCAAAGACUUGCCAUACCGGUAUGAGAGAGGCCGGUAAAGCCCUGUAUGGAGAGGAUUGCACACUGGAUCUUUACAAAAGUUUUUUUUUUUUUUUUUUUAAUAUUUGCUAAAAGGACAUUAUUUUGAGAAAAAUAUUUCAGUCUUAUUUCCUUAGUGGUUCUUUGGGUCCUGUGGUUGUAUCUUGUUACAUGUACUAUUCCUCUGUUAUACACCUCAAAGGUCCAAAGUCAGCUCUGUCAAUGUUUGAUGUUCUGCAGGGUGAAGGGAUUCAAACAGUGUAGCUCUACACCCGGAUGGCUGUACCAAGCGUGUAGGAGGGACUAGGACCUGGUUCCUGGACAAAUAUUGGUCCAGGAGGCAACAUAUGUGUCACUGUCAAACAUAAACAUAUUGAUAAUUGCAGCCAGGAGGUGAUUAUAAAGUGUAGCUGAAAUUUUGCCUACUGGUCACACUAAACAUGAUGGUGAAAACAUUUUAAAGCACUAGUAAUUUUUAUGACUUUGUACUGUAUACAGCAGAAAUCUGUAAAACCCAAAUCUGAUGUACUGAAACUGCUACAGUCAAGAAUCAAAGUACAUUUGGUUUUAAAUUGCAAAGGUGGUGACAGCUAGAUUUUAAUCAGGAUACUUUUGGUUAUAUUUUCCAACUCAAGCAAUGUUAGGUUUGUGCUGCUGUUUGUGCUUCAAGGUAAGAAGCUCCAUAAUGUUAGCUAACUUUUGUAUUUCUUUGCAUCAGACAUUUUCAACUGUGCUGGGCAUUCUUGCACAGUUUUCACAAGUGCGCCUUAACAAGAAGUUAAAAAUAGACACUUUAGUCAGUCAUCUAAUAUACAGUUGUUACAGCUCUGUAGAUAAAUGACACUUAUGAUAAAAUAUAAGAUAAGUACAAAAUAAAAACUGACCGUUGUGAAACAUCCUACCUCAGUUUUGAUUGUAAAGGUGGUUCGGAGUUACCGGCUUGCUCUUGACUGUCAGCAAGGACACUAUAUAUAACUUUAGAGAGAAGGGCCCUCUAGUAACAUGUUGGGCGGAGAAUGGGCCCUUAUGAGAGAGACUGUCACCUUGGAAAUAUGCUUGUGUUAAAAGAUGAUUUCUCAUUAAAUCAAAAAUGGUGCCAUUUGCUGUAUAUGCCUAAGAAAAAGGUUACCCCAUCAUCCCUUGUUUUGUUUUUUUUACCAAAGAAGUCAUAUGCUUAUUCAACAUUUCUACAACUAGAAAUAAACAAUUGAAAUUAUUAAAUGAA